AUGUUGUUCCCCAACAAAUUGAAACAGAAGAAAAUCGAGAUUGCCAGAGUUCGUGCGGCGGAGACCAGUGCUCGUGCAGCCGAGAUUGCCAAAGAAGCUGCUGCGAAGACGGUCCAGAACGUUGUGCUUGGGUCCAUCGUAACCUUCAGUGCGGGCCUCGAAUUAUCUCAUCUAAUCACCGGAUUCGAGUGCUGCACCUUGCGUAUUGCGAAUCUGCCUCACAAUGUGCAGGAAGAUGAAAUCAAUGCGCUACUCACAGACCGCGGUCUUGAUCGAGGGCGCUUCCACCUCGUCGGCAUCAAGCCCAUGCCAGGUGGUGGAAAGCUUAGUGCUGAAAUCAUCACGGACGCUGAGUCUGGGAAAGCACUAUCGCUUGACCUCAGUGGCCUCGAGUUUAGGGACGAGGUUCUAACUCUCGAAGUAUCAGGCUACAACAGUCCCGGAAGUAUGUCCGCGGCGACUGAACGUGACAGUAAUAUCCUUGCGAUAUCCUGGCGUGCCCCAUCCGUGCGCUAUGUUGCAGAGUACCCUGUUACAGUGAAUGCUACUGCGAAAGUGCAGGAACUUAACCGCAAGAUGUGCUCUGGACGGCGGGUCAAAGUUGAGGUCAAUACCAUGCCACCUGGUCGCUUCGUGCCAACAUUCCGCGACAACUCAGUCAAGAUUAGUUUCCUUCCCCCAACCGUCUCUGACGAAGAAGUUCGAGCAUUUUCUGGUUCAGAUGUUGUCAGACGGUUGACGACGAAGGGUGGACUUUCCAGCGAAGACGUCGGUCACAUUACUGCCACAUUGCGGGAUGAUAUCGAACGCAUCUCUCCUGGAACCCUAAAGUCGCUAGAGCCGUUGCUGCCUACUCCAAGCAUUGAGGGUGUCGUUCAGGUCCAUGCGCGGUUUUCUUCGUGGGAGGACGCGGACGCGGUGCAUUCCCGUCUCCUUAACCAUCGCAUCGGGAACUUAUCCUUCUGGUUCCGACUCCCGAGUCCCACACAGUACUUGAUCACUAUCUCUAUUGAGCAGUUUCGCGCACAAAAGUCUUUGUGGGAUGCCUUGAUCGGCGGCAUCAAAGACAAGCGUGCGUGUAUGCUGCAUGUUCAUGAGCAGGGCGCCGUUGUCCGGAUGCGCUUGUCUGGUUCCAAGAAAGAGGCCAUUGGCGCACUCAAAGUUAGAGCAGAAAGCCUGAUCGCAGGAGAGAAGUUGGAAGGGUGGCACAUGACGCUCGGAUAUUCAAACAACAAAUUUUUGCGUUCGGUUUUGGACGACACAGGAGCACUCGUUUUGAAAGUUUAUGGAGAGUCAAAAGCUGGACAAGCUGGAGCAGCUCUCGUCCCUCGAGUAUACCAAAGUACUCGCGAAGCAGUCCGUUCGAUUUUUCCUCGCACGUGGAAUCCCAGAGCUGAAAGAAACUUUUGGCGAAGACAAUUGGACCAGCAGAUUGUCCCAGACCCGUCAGGACAGCAGUCCUGCCCGAUCUGCUAUGACACCAUAUCAUCCCCGCUUCGUCUUGGUUGCGGGCACGUCUACUGUUCUCCUUGCAUACGUCAUUUCUUGACAUCCGCUUUGGAAUCUGGUCAGUUUCCGCUCACAUGCAUGGGUGAUGAGACCCAGUGUAAAGUGCCCAUUCCUAUUCCCACUAUCCAACAAUUCCUCCCUCAAACUUCCUUCACCCGCCUGCUGGAAGUAGCAUUUCAUGCGUAUAUAUCUCGACGUCCACAGGAAUUCAAAUAUUGCAAGACACCAGACUGCAAUCAGAUCUACCGUUCCACCGACCCCAGCACUACGGUCGCAGGCCAAUGCCCUUCAUGUUUCUCAAGCAUAUGCACAUCGUGCCAUGAUGACGUCCAUGACGGCAUGAACUGUGCCGAAAGCAAGCGGCAGGCCGGACGCGUUGCUGAGGAGCGAGAAACGGAAGCAUGGCUGGCAGCUCAUAAUGGGCGCGUGAAGAAAUGCCCGACUUGUCAAGCACUGAUCGAGAAAGUAGAUGGCUGCAAUCAUAUGACUUGCACGCUGUGCAAAAGCCAUAUUUGCUGGCAGUGCAUGGGCGUCUUUUCUGAUGAAACCAUUUAUGGGCACAUGAAUAGGGAUCAUGGCACGAUCUACGAUGAGAAUCCUGUCAAUGAGCCUGUCGAUGUACAGGAACAGCAGUGGCUGUUGCGAUUGGCAGUGCAGCAACGUCAGCGGCAGGAGGAGCUGCAUGACUGGCGGGCUGUGCAGGCGCAAUUGGAAGAGCGGCAAAGGAGGGAGGCCGAGGUCGCGGCGAGAGGGGAGGCAGCGGUUGCGGUAAUGGCGAGGCGAGAAGCAUUAAGACGUGAGGAAGCGAGAUUAGAAGACGCGAGGCGACUAGCAGAGGCAAGGAGAGACGAAGCCAGACAACGUGCUGUUUUGCAAGACCAACAUUACCAACAAAUGCGACAAAGACACGUUGAGAGAGCAAGAGCCCAAGCACAGCAAGAGGAACGUCCGAGCUGGGGUUGCACUAUCAUGUAGCGCGUGUCGUCAAAUACAUGGAAGGAAGCUGUCUAUUCAGGAUGAAUAUUCUCAUUACACAGGACAAUGUAUAUCAGUCAACAAACAGUUACAAGUACAGAUACAUGAUGUGGAUAUGAUUUUAAAAUAAAUAUGCAAAGUCGAGUGCAAAGACAAACAAGAUCGUCGAUUUCCACUCGAUCAAACGAAUAACUAUAGAGAGCAUAUUAGUCGACCAGUUCGAAAUAUGUCCUGAACAUGGACUCGUGGCAUAAUGGUGUGUUGGAUAUGACGCCGUGCACAUGCAUGAAGAGGCGGGGAAAACGGCGGGUGAAGUAGGAUAGGAAGCCUUCCGGCAUUGGACCUAGAUGCCGCUUAACAUGAUCUGGGAGAUCUUGAUAGUGGUGUUU